GUUCCUAUUGUAGAGCCGCGACCGGUGGAUUAGUCGAGUAUCAACGAUAGAAGCGCGUUUGAAUUGGCUGUCCGUUCAGCUUAAGCUAAUUUGUGAUGUGAAUAACAAGUGGUGAGCUAAUAAAAAUAAACAGUGAUAGGUGACCGGUUAGAAGUCGUACCAAGUGAUCAUUAUUAUUGGAAUUUCCUAGUUUCUGGGAAAAUUAAGCCAGUAUAAUCGUAAUUUAGUAACAGUUCUAGCGAGAAACGUUAGAACGAGACACAUUGCGAUGUCCCAACCGUGGGCGAUAUCACUAUCGGUGUUGUUUUCGGUGCUCAUAGCGAGCUGCAGCUGUAAUGAUAAUGGGUACUACACCGUUGUCGGGUCCAAGCUGUUGCGACCGAAUUCAGAAUAUCACGUGUCCGUCAGCAAUCUCAAUGUUCGUGAGCCGGUUCGCUUCCGAAUCACGUUGAACAACACCCAAUCGGGGCAACCUCUGGCUAGUGAGGAUCUGUCUCUGGGCCAAGGCGAGUCUCGGCUGAUCCCUUUCAGCAUCGGUGACAUAACUGACGGCGAUUACACUUUAACAGCCGAGGGGUUAUCGGGAUAUGUUUUCAAAAAUGUUACUUCACUAACCUUCCAAUCGAAGAGUUUUUCGGUGUUUAUUCAGACUGAUAAAGCGGUCUACAAACCUGGUGAUACGGUUCGGUUCCGAGUCCUGGUGCUAGAUGCCAACACGAAGCCGUUGCAGAAAAUUAACACCAUCAAAGUGCACAUUACUGACGGAAAGAACAAUCGUAUCAAACAAUGGAAAGACGCAAAUUUGGUAAAGGGCGUUUUCGAAUCAGAGUUGCAGUUGUCCUCAGCUCCUGUUUUAGGCAAUUGGAAGAUCAACGUUGAGACAUUGGGAACGAAAAAGGACCAGGUGUUCGAAGUCGAUGAGUACGUACUACCUAAAUAUGAAGUGACCGUCGAAUCUCCUGGCAUCACUACCCUGAAGGACGGUAAGGUCAAGGCGAUCGUGCGAGCAAAAUACACCUAUGGAAAGCCUGUGAAGGGUGAGGCCACAGUUUCGGCAUACCCAGAGUUCCGUUUCCAUUACGUACAACCAUUUGAACGAGAUGUGAUCACAAGAAAAACGGUGCCUAUUGAUGGCAAGGGAUCAGUGGAAUUUAAUAUUCAAGAUGAGCUUAAACUGCAAGGUGACUACACUAGAAACAUUGUUAUAGAAGCGGUCGUGGAAGAAGAGUUAACUGGUCGCAAACAAAAUUCAUCAACCAAGGUCAAAAUUUACGACCGUGCCUAUAACAUGGAAUUGAUCAAGAGUUCCGAAAAGUUCAAGCCUGGACUGCCGUACACUGCUUGGCUGAAGGCAACGUACCAGGAUGGAACGCCACUUCUGGAUGAAACCAACUCGAUUAAGGUGACACAAGAAUACGGUUGGCGAAAUGAUAACUCCUCUGAAAACACCUACAAGCUGGACAAAAACGGCAUGGCGAAACUGGUGAUUGAUACGGAAACCACAUCGGACUCGAUCUCGUUCAAAGCGGAAUAUCUGGGUGCAACGUUUUAUCUGGGAUCGAUUUCCCAGCCCUGGGCCAAAUAUGAUGCUUACAUACGAGCAAAGGUACUAACGGAGAUCCCCACAGUAAACAAAGACGUUACGGUAGAUAUUUCGUCCACUGUCCCGAUGAAAUAUUUCAACUAUCAGGUUCUUGGCCGCGGAGAUGUCAUCAUCGGAGGUACAAUUCCGGUUCCGGAUCGUAAAACUCACACAUUCCGUUUCCCGGCAAGCUUUGCAAUGGUGCCUAGAGCCCGGUUGGUAGUCUACUUCAUCCAUUCCGAUGGUCAAAUGAUUAGCGAUUUCGUCGAGGUAGAAUUUGCCAGUGAGCUGCAGAAUUUCCUGAAGCUGCAAAUGUCAAAGACGGAAACGAAACCUGGACAGGACGUUGACAUCACGAUCAGUACCAACCCAGACUCGUACGUUGGUCUGCUCGGUGUCGAUCAGAGCGUAUUGUUGCUGAAGAGUGGAAAUGAUCUAACCACAGGAAAGGUGUUCGAUGAUUUGAAAACCUACGAAGAGGCAUCAUACCGAGAGUACAGGAAGAAACGCUUUGCUCCAUGGAAUCGAAUGAGCUUUUACGAUGAUUUUAAUGAUGCUGGUGCUGUUAUUAUGACCAAUGCCAAUGAACAACCACUAAAUGACUCCGCCAGCCGGCUGCCUCCGAUCACAUACAAGGUGCAGCGAGCUCCCGACGGAACUCCCCUGUACACCGUGAUCGAGAAGAAUCCGCGCUUCCUGCCGGUGCACGAGUUCAAAACCAACACGCGGCCUCCGCUGGCCGGACCGUUCGCGUUCAGUCGCUUCCCGCGACCCCACCGGGACAUUCCCCGGGUGUUCCUUUCGCGCGAAAUUGCCGACACCUGGUUGUUUGACAAUGCCUACUCGGGCUUCUCUGGUGAAAAGACUAUAACGAAAAAAGUUCCCGAUACUAUCACCUCCUGGAUAAUCACUGGCUUCUCGGUGAGCCCUGUUUACGGACUGGGACUGACUCGUCAGCCGAGAAAGUUGAACGUAUUCCUGCCGUUCUUUGUAUCAACCAACCUGCCCUACUCCGUCAAACGAGGAGAGAUCGUAUCGAUUCCUAUCGUGAUUUUCAACUACAUGGACUCUGAUCAAACGGCCGAAGUAACCUUCCACAACACUGAACAAGAGUUUGAAUUUGCCGACGUGGAAAAUGAAGUGCAUGAAAAUGCUAAUCUUGAACUAUUCCGCAAAAAGAGCGUUCACGUCCCAUCAAACACCGGCAAAACGAUUCCAUUCAUGAUAAAGCCGUCCAAGCUGGGUCAUAUUACCAUAAAAGUUACUGCAACCACGCCGCUGGCCGGCGAUGGUGUAGAGCGCCAACUGUUAGUUGAACCAGAAGGUCUGCCACAGUACGUUAACAAGGCAGCGUUCGUUGAUCUGCGUGCCACUCCGGAGGCAAAUAGCAACUUCACCGUGGAGAUCCCAAAGAAUGCCGUCCCAGACUCGACCCGUGUAGAGAUUGCUGUCAUUGGUGACGUUUUGGGCUCAACGAUCCAGAACCUGGACUCGCUCAUUCGCAUGCCCUACGGCUGUGGAGAACAGAACAUGCUGAACUUCGUGCCGAACAUUGUCGUUCUGGAUUAUUUGAAGAAUACAAAUCAACUGACGGCGAGCAUUGAGGGCAAGGCCAAAAAGUUCAUGGAAUCUGGCUAUCAGCGGGAGUUGACCUACAAGCAUGACGAUGGAUCGUUCAGUGCUUUCGGCAAGUCUGAUCCCAAGGGAAGCACCUGGUUGACUGCCUUUGUGGCUCGCUCAUUCAAGCAAGCUGCCGAUCAUAUCAGCGUUGACGAGAAAAUCAUCGACAAGUCUUUGGAGUGGUUGAGCGAUCAGCAAGCUGCCAACGGUAGCUUCCCGGAGGUUGGCAAAGUGUCGCAUACGGAUAUGCAGGGUGGUUCUGGUCAGGGUAUCGCUUUGACUGCUUACACUUUGAUUGCUUUCUUGGAGAAUAAGAACUUGAUCCCUAAGUACACCAACGUCAUCAACAAAGCCUUGGACUACAUCGUCAGGAAUACACAAGGACUAGACGACACCUAUGCUCUGGCCAUUGCAGCAUAUGCUCUACAGCUGGCCGAUCAUAGUGCCAAAGAUUACACUCUCUCCACUUUGGACACGAAGGCAUCUACCGAUGAAGAUCAGAAAUGGUGGAAUAAACCCAUUCCAGAAGACGACAAAAAGAAUCCCUGGUACGGUAAACCCAACUCAGUCAACGUGGAAAUGUCUGCAUACGGAAUGCUCGCCUUCAUGGAAGCUGGAUUGGACAGUGAUGCUCUGCCAAUUAUGAAGUGGCUUAUCUCACAACGUAACGACAAAGGUGGAUUCCAGUCCACUCAGGACACUGUCGUCGGCUUGCAAGCAUUGGCCAAGCUAGCCGCCAAGAUUUCUUCCAAGAACAAUGACGUUACCAUCAUAGUCACUUACAACGAAAACCAACAAAAGGAAAUGAAGGUCAACGCGGAAAAUAACAUAAUCUUGCAGAAGUUCGAACUUCCUCCGUCGGCGAAGGACAUUGAUAUCAAGGCUACUGGACGAGGAUUUGCCGUCGUUUCUCUGGGAUACAAAUACAAUAUGAACGUCACUGGGGAAUGGCCCCGCUUCGUCCUGGAUCCGCAGGUCAAUAAAAAUUCUAAUCAGGACUACUUACAUCUAACUGUGUGUACCAACUUCGUUCCGUCAGCUGGCCAGAACAAGUCGAACAUGGCCGUCAUGGAGGUAGGAUUCCCAAGUGGUUUCACCGCCGAUUCGGAUACCUUACCUUCGCUGGAGAACACUGAGUACAUUAAGAAAGUUGAGCUUAAGGACGGAGACACGGUCGUAGUCAUGUACUUCGACAGUCUUGACCGUAACGAGCUGUGCCCCACGGUAUCCGCCUUCCGAACGCAUAAAGUUGCUAAGCAGAAACCUGCUCCAGUUGUUAUCUAUGACUAUUACGAUAACUCUCGGAUCGCUCGUCAGUUUUACAGUGGACCAACAGCUGGAUUGUGCGACAUUUGUGAAAACGAGGAUUGCGGCAACUCCUGCUCGAUAAAAUCGCAGAAACAACGAGCAGCGACGGAUGAGGCACCAGGUCGAAGUGGGGCCGCUAGUGUCACAUUGGGUUUGCAGUUGAUUGUUGGUGCUUUGUUGUUCAAGUUGUUCAACUAAAGGCUUUCCAUGGUCGACAAAGUGCAGUUUAAAAAAAGACAAAUAACUUGCAAUAAUCUUGCUAGAAUGGAAGGAGAGAACUGCAGUGAUAGCUUUACGUACCUAGUGGAAGAUUAUUGUGAUUUGAACGAAAGGAUUUAAUAACUUUAACUUCGAUUUUUAUUACAUAACAUUCACAUAAAGUAAUUAAAAGAA